AUGUGUGGCGGAGCCAUCAUCGCCGACUUCUUCCCCGCCGACGCCCGUCGCCCGGCAACCGACGACACCAUCUCCGCCUCCCUCCUCUCCUCCGGCGAGGACCAUCUGGAGCUGCCGGCCAGGCUGCCGGCGCCGGGGCGCAAGACGGCGUACCGCGGGAUCCGGCGCCGUCCCUGGGGCCGCUGGGCGGCGGAGAUCCGCGACCCGCGGAAGGGCGCCCGCGUCUGGCUCGGCACCUACGCCACCCCGGAGGACGCCGCGCGCGCCUACGACGCUGCGGCGCGCGAGAUCCGCGGGCCCAAGGCCAAGCUCAACUUCCCGCCCGCCGUGGGCGCUGGCGGCGGCGGCGGCGCGCGCGAGCCGGUGGCCAUGAGGCGCCGGAAGUCCGCCGCUGCGGCGGCCGAGGAGAGCUCGGGCUCGUCUCCGGCGGCGAAGACCGUCGUGGCGGGCGGCGGCGGCGGAGGAGGACGAGGAAAGGAGACGCUGCGUGACUGCAUGUCCGGGCUGGAGGCCUUCCUGGGGCUGCAGGAGGAAGCCGAAGCGGCCGACGAGGGUGGCGACGUGGAGGCGUGGGACGCCGUGGACCUCAUGUUCGCGUAG